AUGUCAGAAAAUUUAAAAAGAGCAGAAUCAUUGUUUAAUAGAAUUAUGAAUCCUGGAACUCAUGAUUCAUCUAUAUCAUUAAAUUCUCAAAGUUCAACAGGGACAUCAUCAAUUACACCAGUAACCUCAAGUACUCAAUUAAAUCUAUCCUCAAUUACAUCAGGACCAAAUUUUUCCGGAUCAACAACUAGUAAUGUGACAAGUAAUAUAAUUCCAAAGAAAUAUACUGUUCCUACUAAGAUUCCUAAAUUGGAUAUUGAUAAAUUGACUCAUGAUGCAUUAGCUACCGUACCAUUAAAUCAUCACACAUUACCUUAUUGUUGGACAAUAUGGUAUCAUUCCAGAGCUAAAAAGAAUCAACCAUCAAUGAAUCAAGAAGAGGGUGAAUCACCAGAAGAGCAACAACAGCAACAGCAACAACAAAACCCAGGAGUUGAUUUGUACUUGCAAACAACCAAUGAAUUAUCCUUUUGGGAUCCAACUACAGGAAACAAAAUUCAACACAUUGCAUCAUUAGAACAAUUAUGGAGUAGUUUGUCAUCGAUUAAGAAAACAUUUGAUUUGAAUAUCGGUACUGAGUUUUUAAUAUUCAAGGCUGGGGUUAAUCCAGUAUGGGAAGAUCCAAUAAAUUCAAAAGGUGGAAGAUGGGUAUUUCGAUUUAAUAGAAAACUAAUCGAUGAUGAUUUUGAAAAACAAGAGAAAUUAAGAAAGAGAACUAGUUUAAUUUGGGAAAGAUUAUUGAUUAAAACUUUAACUGGGAUCAUUAAUUCCUCAAGGAUCGAAUUCUGA